AUGACUGGACGCGGAAAAGGUGGCAAGGGUCUCGGGAAGGGUGGAGCCAAGCGUCACCGCAAGAUUCUUCGUGACAACAUCCAGGGUAUCACAAAGCCUGCGAUCCGUCGUCUCGCGCGCCGUGGUGGUGUCAAGCGUAUCUCAGCUAUGAUCUACGAAGAGACCCGUGGUGUUCUCAAGACCUUCCUUGAGGGUGUCAUUCGCGAUGCAGUCACAUACACAGAACACGCCAAGCGUAAGACCGUCACAUCUCUCGACGUUGUUUACGCCCUGAAGCGACAAGGCCGCACUCUGUACGGUUUCGGUGGUUAG